CAUCCUCGGCCACAUGGUCUCCACCUCCAUGAUCAGCCUCGUGCUGCCCAUCCUCAUCUUCCUCUGGGCCAUGCUGUCCAUCCCCUGGCCCAGCAGGCGCUUCUGGAUGAUAGCCGUCGUCUACAAGGAGAUUGCCAUUGUGGUCAAGUACUUCUUCCCAUUUGGGCUCUUCCCCUGGAACAAGAAUGUGGAACUGAACAAGAACAAGUCUUACCACUCACCCAACAGCAUCAGGGUGGAGACGAAGAAUCCUACAUGCUCUAUGAUCUAAUCAAGCUUCUGGCACCUUCUUCCACAGCUCCAUCCUGAAGGUACUGCCCGCCCAUUACCCCUGGAUAUUCCCGAGAACCCUGAGCUGGGAUCACGAGGGGCUG